UUUGAUGAACAUUACAGUAACUGUGGUUAUAGCGUGGCACUAGGGACCAAUGGAUUUACUUGGGAGCAGAUUAAUACCUGGGAGAAACCAACAAUGGACCCAGCUGUCCCAACUGGUUCCUUCAUGAUGGUGAAUAGUUCUGGGAGGGCAUCUGGGCAAAAAGCCCACUUGCUUUUACCAACACUGAAGGAAAACGACACUCACUGCAUUGAUUUCCAUUACUACCUGUCCAGCCGUGACCGUUCUAGCCCUGGAUCCUUGAAUGUUUAUGUGAAAGUGAAUGGUGGACCUCAAGGCAACCCUAUCUGGAAUGUCUCUGGGCUUGUUACAGAAGGUUGGGUGAAAGCAGAGCUUGCAAUCAGUACUUUCUGGCCACACUUUUAUCAGGUCAUAUUUGAAUCGGUUUCCUUGAAGGGUCACCCUGGGUACAUAGCUGUGGAUGAAGUCAGAGUCCUUGCUCAUCCAUGCAGAAAAGCUCCUCACUUCCUGCGGCUGCAAAACGUGGAGGUUAAUGUUGGGCAGAAUGCAACAUUCCAGUGCAUUGCAGGAGGAAAGUGGUCUCAGCAUGACAAAUUGUGGCUACAGCAGUGGAAUGGAAGAGACACAGCAUUAAUGGUUACCAGAGUUGUCAACCAUAGACGUUUUUCUGCUACUGUUAGUGUAGCUGAUACAUCCCAACGCAGUAUCAGUAAAUACCGAUGUGUAAUCCGUUCUGAUGGUGGAUCAGGAGUUUCAAACUAUGCAGAAUUAAUAGUAAAAGAACCUCCCACUCCUAUUGCUCCUCCAGAACUUCUAGCAGUUGGAGCCACGUACCUAUGGAUCAAACCAAAUGCCAACUCUAUCAUCGGUGAUGGGCCUAUCAUCCUGAAAGAGGUAGAAUACCGUACAACCAAUGGGAAUUGGGCCGAAACCCACAUUGUGGAUUCUCCCAAUUACAAGUUAUGGCAUCUAGACCCUGAUGUGGAAUAUGAGAUCAGAGUCCUUCUUACCCGUCCCGGAGAAGGGGGAACUGGACCCCCUGGGCCUCCUCUCACAACAAGGACAAAAUGUGCUGUUCCUGGAACUGUUCCCCUUGAAUCUAUUCAGGGAGGACCCUUUGAAGAGAAGAUCUAUGUUCAGUGGAAGCCACCAAAUGAAACCAAUGGAAUAAUUACCCUCUAUGAGAUUACCUACAAGGCUGUUGGAUCUCUAGAUCCUACUGCUGACUUGUUGAACCAGAGAGGAAAAGUCUUCAAACUAAGGAAUGAAACUCACCAUCUCUUUGUAGGGUUAUACCCAGGAACUACUUAUUCAUUCACCAUUAAAGCCAGCACAGUAAAGGGUUUUGGACCUCCCAUCACCACACGGAUUGCAACUAAAAUUUCAGCCCCAUCAAUGCCAGAAUACGAUAGUGACACCCCACUGAAUGAAACAGAAACCACCAUUACAGUCAUGCUGAAACCUGCACAGUCUCGUGGUGCACCAGUCAGUGUCUACCAGCUUGUUGUAAAAGAAGAACGGCCACAGAAAUCACGAAGAGCUGCUGACAUCAUUGAAUGUUUCUCUGUUCCAGUGAGCUAUAAAAAUGCUUCAAAUCUUGACUCCCCCCAUUACUUUGCAGCUGAGUUGAAACCAGUUAAUCUUCCAGUUACACAGCCUUUCACAGUGGGAGACAACAAAACCUAUAAUGGCUAUUGGAAUGCUCCACUUUCACCAUUGAAAAGCUACAGCAUUUACUUUCAGGCUCUUAGUAAAGCAAAUGGGGAAACCAAAAUAAAUUGUGUUCGGCUAGCCACCAAAGGAGCUUCUACACAGAAUUCUAAUGUGGUGGAACCAGAAAAACAGGUUGAUAAUACGGUGAAAAUGGCUGGAGUCAUAGCUGGUCUUCUGAUGUUCGUAAUUAUCCUUUUGGGAGCGAUGCUUACCAUCAAAAGGAGGAAACUAGCCAAGAAACAAAAAGAGACCCAAAGCAGCAGUCAACGAGAAAUGGGGCCUGUUGCUGCUUCAGACAAGACUGCUACAAAAAGUGCUGCUCAGAAUGAAGACACUUUCACUUCAGGCUGCCAAGAUGUUAAUGGAUUUACGGACAAUAGCCAUGGGGAGAUGACUCAACCGACCCUGACAAUCCAGACCCAUCCCUAUCGAAGCUGUGACCCAGUGGAAAUGUCCUAUCCCAGGGGACAGUUCCAGCCAGCAAUCCGAGUGGCCGACUUGUUGCAGCACAUCACUCAGAUGAAACGGGGACAGGGCUAUGGAUUUAAAGAGGAGUAUGAGGCUCUACCUGAAGGGCAGACAGCAUCUUGGGACACCGCCAAAGAAGAUGAAAACCGCAAUAAGAAUAGAUAUGGCAACAUCAUCUCCUAUGAUCACUCCAGGGUGAGACUGCAGUUACUAGAUGGAGAUCCUCAUUCAGAUUACAUUAAUGCAAAUUAUAUUGAUGGAUACCAUCGGCCUCACCAUUACAUUGCAACUCAGGGGCCAAUGCAAGAGACAGUGAAGGAUUUUUGGAGGAUGAUCUGGCAGGAGAAUUCAGCAAGUGUUGUCAUGGUCACCAACCUGGUGGAAGUUGGCAGGGUGAAGUGUGUCAGAUACUGGCCUGAUGACACAGAAGUCUACGGAGAUAUCAAAGUGACCUUAAUUGAGACAGAACCAUUGGCAGAAUAUGUCAUACGUACUUUUACAGUCCAAAAAAAAGGCUACCAUGAGAUUCGAGAAAUUCGUCAAUUCCACUUCACUAGCUGGCCAGACCAUGGGGUUCCUUGUUAUGCUACAGGUCUCUUGGGCUUUGUUCGACAAGUGAAGUUUCUCAACCCACCAGAUGCAGGGCCUAUUGUUGUGCACUGCAGUGCCGGUGCUGGGAGGACAGGGUGCUUCAUUGCCAUAGACAUCAUGCUUGACAUGGCAGAAAACGAAGGUGUGGUGGAUAUAUUUAAUUGUGUGAGAGAGUUGCGAUCCCAGAGAGUUAACUUGGUGCAGACAGAGGAGCAGUAUGUGUUUGUUCAUGAUGCCAUUCUGGAAGCGUGCCUUUGUGGCAACACUGCCAUUCCUGUUUGUGAAUUCAGAUCUAUAUACUACAACAUCAGCAGAUUGGAUCCACAGACAAAUUCCAGCCAGAUAAAAGAUGAAUUCCAGACCCUUAAUAUUGUUACUCCUCGAGUACGUCCAGAAGAUUGCAGCAUUGGACUUUUGCCAAGGAAUCAUGAUAAGAAUCGCUGCAUGGAUGUACUUCCUUUGGAUCGGUGCCUCCCUUUUCUUAUUUCUGUUGAUGGAGAAUCAAGCAACUAUAUUAAUGCUGCACUCAUGGAUAGCCACAAGCAACCUGCUGCCUUUAUAGUUACUCAGCAUCCCUUGCCCAACACUGGAGCUGAUUUCUGGAGGCUAGUGUUUGAUUACAACUGUUCUUCUGUUGUGAUGCUGAAUGAAAUGGAUGCUGCCCAGCUUUGUAUGCAGUACUGGCCAGAGAAGACAUCUUGCUGUUAUGGGCCAAUACAAGUGGAAUUUGUUUCUGCUGACAUAGAUGAGGAUAUUAUCAAUCGGAUAUUUCGGAUCUGCAACAUGGCAAGGCCGCAAGAUGGGUACCGUAUUGUUCAACACUUGCAGUAUAUUGGCUGGCCAGCAUAUAGAGACACUCCUCCUUCUAAGCGCUCUCUCCUGAAAGUGGUCAGGCGGUUGGAAAAGUGGCAGGAGCAAUAUGAUGGACGAGAUGGACGGACUGUGGUUCAUUGCCUGAAUGGCGGUGGCCGCAGUGGCACCUUCUGUGCCAUAUGUAGUGUGUGUGAAAUGAUCCAGCAGCAAAAUAUCAUUGAUGUAUUUCACAUAGUGAAAACCUUACGGAACAACAAGUCCAACAUGGUGGAGACAUUGGAACAAUAUAAAUUUGUAUAUGAGGUUGCAUUGGAAUACUUAAGUUCAUUUUAGCUCAUCAGGGCAGGGAGCUAAAGGAUGCCUAAAGCUUUGGUGUUUGAAGGACAUUGGUUCCCCACUUUACUUCAG